CGCUACAUUCACGCGGCUUUGCCGCUGACAGUUCCCAUGACAGUACAGGUGCGGGCGGUGGGCUAGUGGUCGGUUACGUUUUCCACAAAUAGGAUAGUGUUUUCUCGACGCAAAUCGGUCGAGCAAGUGAUGGCGGCUCUCAAACGAAUCACCAGCCUAACCCGGGCGCUGGCGACGGCGACGUCCACGUCGCGACCCUGUUUUCAUCGCGCCGCGAAAAAAACCUACUUCACCUACGUGAAUGAACCAUCCAUGCCGAUCCCCGGCAAGCAGCCUUGUUGGUUGAAGACCGCCGACGAGGCUAUCGAACAGGCCGAACUCGACUCAGAUCAGCUGGUGUAUGUCCAGGGUGCUGCAGCGACACCCGUUGAAUCAUUAAGAGCGAUGACCGACUACGGGGUACGAUGUGAUGUGAGGAAUGUCCGUUUAUAUCACAUGCAUCUCGAAGGAGCGGCUCCGUUCGCUAAACCAGAAUAUGCAAAACAUUUCAGAUCUAUCAGCUUGUUCAUUGGCGGUAAUGUACGAGCCGCGGUGAAUGCAGGCACCGCCGACUGCAUUCCUAUUUUCCUGCACGAAAUCCCGCGUCUCUUCAAAGAAGGUUACCUGAAGCCCCAUAUUUCGCUCAUCCACGUUUCUCCGCCAGACGAGAAGGGUUACUGCUCUCUUGGUACCAGCAUAGAUUCUGUUCGGUCCGCCGUGAGUCAUUCCAAAUGUAUCGUAGCUUUAGUCAAUAAGUAUAUGCCUAGGACUUUUGGUGAUGCUAUUAUUCACGAAAGCCAUUUGGACUUUGCUGUGGAACAUCAUCAACCAUUACCGGUUCAUCCGGUGACGACACCGAGUAAGGCUGAACAGCAGAUCGGCAAGUAUAUCGCUGAGAACCUGGUAGUGGAUGGUGCCACAUUACAACUGGGUAUUGGCAGUAUACCCGACGCUGUACUAUCAUUGUUGGCCAAUCAUAAAGAUCUGGGAAUUCACAGCGAGAUGUUCAGUGAUGGCGUAGUGGACCUCGUGAACAAAGGCUGUAUCACAAAUAAUCAAAAGACGAUGCAUCGGGGCCGGAUUGUCGGUUCGUUUUGUGUGGGCUCGGAAAAACUUUACGAUUUCAUGCACAAUAAUCCUUUCAUAGAAAUGUUGGUCGUGGAUUAUGUUAAUGAUCCUAGAAUAGUUGCCCAACAACCAAAAAUGACGGCCAUCAACUCGUGUAUCGAAGUGGACAUUACCGGUCAGAUCUGCUCGGACAGUAUUGGUACGAAAAUGUAUUCCGGUUUCGGUGGACAACUGGAUUUCAUUACGGGUGCUGCGAUGAGCGAGGAUCGACAAGGAAAGCCGAUUAUAGCUCUUAAGUCGGUCACCUCUAAAGGUCAGAGCAAGAUACAACCAGUUUUAACAUCAGGUGCUGGAGUAGUUACUAACAGAGCGGUGGCGCGAUAUGUCGUGACCGAACAUGGCAUCGCCAGUUUGUUUGGCAAAAGUCUUCAGCAACGAGCGUACGAAUUAAUCCAAGUGGCUCAUCCAGAUCAUAGAGAAGCGCUCGAGAAGUCGGCAUUUGAACGUUUGAAAAUGAUGCCUGCGCCAUAAAAUAAAGCAGAAAAUAAAGCAGAAAAAUCAUAUUCAAUAGCAUUUUACAAUGGGUCGUUUGCGUGUUCUAGUCACGUGUACAAUGACCAACAGUCGAAGAGUCACGUAGUGUCUUCUUCUUAUACGAUAUAUGCGCUCUCUUACCAGAAGACAAUUCGUCGGCCUCUUCCUAAAAUAAAAGAAAUGGAGAAUAAUGUGCUAAUUAACUAGAUUGAGAAUUUAAGAUGCUAAAUUGUAACAUUACGUAUAUAUAAGAAGAAUUCAUAAUGCGAUCGGUUGCAUUCGUAUACAUAAAUAUUAAUUAAGUCAUACACAUAUAUUUUAUAUUACCAGAGAGAAAAAAACACGCGCUUUAGACAAAUAAAAAAUAGCAUUACGUAGUGCCAUUAUGAAAUGUGUAAGCAUUUUUUAUAUUAAAUCUAUCAAUGUUUCUUUGUAUAAUUUCCCGUAUUUUACUAUUGUAACGACGAGUUCUUGAAAUACGAAUAUGCAUAAAAAUAUAUAGAUAU